AUGUCCAAGUACGAGACUCGGCUUUUCAUCGAUGGCGAGUUCGUCAACUCGAAAUCCGGCAAAACCUUCAAGACCUUCAACCCUGCGACCGAAGAAGUCAUUUGUCAAGUGCAAGAAGCGCUUCCAGAGGACGUGGAUCGUGCCGUGAUCGCGGCGAACAAAGCCUUUGAAAGAGGAUCACCAUGGCGAGAGAUGGACGGCACCAAGAGGAGGGACCUGCUCCUGAAACUUGCUGACCUCAUUGAACAGAACAAAGAGGAGCUAGUCGCCUUGGAGUCCUUGAACAAUGGCAAGCCCGUGUCCGAGGGUCACAUUGACAUCUACCUUGCCAUCCAGCAUUUCCGUUACUUUGCUGGAUGGGCCGACAAGAUGGAAGGCAAGACUCUUCCCGUAGAAGGCAACUUCUUUGCUUAUACCUGGCAUGAGCCAAUCGGACCAGUUGGACAGAUCAUUCCCUGGAAUUUCCCUGUGCUCAUGCUUGCUUGGAAGCUUUGCCCUGCGUUGGCUGCUGGAUGUACCGUAGUACUAAAGAGCUCCGAGAAGACUCCUCUGUCUGCUCUAUACUGUGCUGGGCUCAUCAAGAAAGCAGGCUUCCCCAAUGGAGUUGUGAAUAUCGUUUCUGGCUUUGGGGAUCCAACAGGAAAAGCGAUCGCCAGCCACAUGGACUUGACCAAGAUUGCUUUUACAGGCUCGACAAUGACGGGGCGUCUGAUUCAGAAGUAUGCAGCAGAGAGUAACAUGAAGAAAGUGAGCCUCGAGCUAGGAGGAAAGUCUCCUCUCAUCAUUCUAGAGGAUGCUGAUUUACAGCAAGCCUUGAAGGUAGCGCAGCUUGGCCUCUUUUUCAACCAAGGUCAAACAUGUUGUGCAAGCUCUCGUAUCUUUGUACAGGAGAGCAUCUACGACAAGUUUGUCGAGUUGGCAACUCAACAGUCCAAAGCUAGAGUUCUUGGUGAUCCGAGCAACCCUGAGACUAUGCAAGGGCCUCAGGUCGACAAGAUACAAUUCGAUCGGGUCAUGGGCUACAUCGAGAAGGGGAAGAAGGAAGGUGCCCGACUUACCACAGGAGGAGCAAGGUUCGGAGACAAAGGAUACUUCAUCCAGCCCACUGUGUUUGCUGAUGUGCAAGACAAUAUGGUCAUCGCAAAAGAGGAGAUCUUUGGUCCUGUGAUGUCAUUGAUGAAAUUCAAAACCGUGGAGGAAGCGAUCGAUCGAGCCAACAACACAACCUUUGGCCUCGCAGCCGGUGUCUGUACGAAGAAUGUGCAGGUCGGUUUGAAGAUUGCCAGAGCUCUUCGAGCCGGAACUGUUUGGUUCAAUUGCUUCAACAAUGUUGACGCUGGUGUUCCAUUCGGAGGUUACAAAGAGAGUGGAAACGGGCGCGAAAAGGGACCUUAUGCUCUCGAAAACUAUGUCGAAGUCAAGAGCGUCAUAAUUCCUUACGAUCCCUAA